AUGUCAGCUUCUCCGACGCAUGCAAACUCACAAACGCGCCAUCGCGGCAAGCAAACAAAAGCUGCUUGUAUUCCUUGUCGUAAACGCAAGUCAAAGUGCGAUGGUGUCCGUCCUUCCUGCAAAUGCUGCAUCUCAAAAGCUACACCCUGCCAAUAUAGCGUCACCCCAGGCGUAACACAGCAACAAGCCAUGAAGAAUCAACUGGAAGCCUACAAGCACGUCUUGUCAUUACUUCGAGAAAGCACCAUGGAAGAUGCAGAAGUCUUGGUGAAGAUGAUCAAGUCAAGGGACAGCUUGUCAGAUGCUGUCGUGGAUAUCCAAGCAGCCACGCGGCAGCACUACUCCAGAGAUCCUUGA